UCAAAUAUACCAUUAUUGUCCCAUGAGUUACACCACCUUCACCGCCCACUAACGCUCUACCUUACUCCUCUGUAACAGUUUCUCUCCCUCUGCAAACCUACCCACUGUAACCACAACAAUGGCGACAAAACCAAACCCAAUACACUCUACACUCCUCCUUCUCCUUCUCUUCCUCCACCGCUGUACUCCUUCCUCCGCCGCUUCGAACCCAGAUAUCGAACCUCUUCUACUCUUCAAAUCCGCUGCCGACCCGUCAAACACCGUUCUCACGUCCUGGAACUCCACCUCUGAUCCAUGCAUUGCUUCAUGGAUUGGAGUUUCUUGCAUUCACAACAGGGUUUCUCGUGUAGUCCUCGAAAAUCUGAACCUCCGAGGACAGGGACUAUUAAACCCACUUACUUCGUUAACCCAACUACGGGUCCUUAGUUUGAAACAGAACAGCUUUUUUGGUCCCAUCCCGGUGAUUUCGAAUUUAACCAGUUUGAAACUGCUGUUCCUUUCUCACAACGAGUUUUCUGGGGAGUUUCCAGUUUCAGUGGCUUCUCUUUCGAAGAUUUACCGGCUUGAUCUGUCGUAUAACAAUCUCUCCGGAAAUAUUCCUUUGAGCUUGAAUCACUUGACGCAUCUGCUUACUUUGAGGUUAGAGGAAAAUGGAUUUUCGGGUUUCAUUUCGGGUUUGAGCUUGCCUAGUUUGCAGGAUUUCAAUGUUUCGGGUAAUGCACUAGCCGGUGAGAUACCCACUUCGCUUUCGGGUUUUCCUGCGUCGGCAUUUGCUAAAAACUCGGUUCUAUGUGGGGUUCCGCUGGAGAAAUGUAAGGUAAUUUCUAGCAAACCGACCCGACCCGGGGCAAUGGCGUCGCCGUUGAGUCCGAGAAGUACUGUUGCCUCGUCGCCCAGCUCAAUACCUGUUGAAGCUAAGCCGUUGGUUAAAUCGGGAAACAAUCGGCAUUCCAAGAUUAGUUCAGUGGCAGUAAUCGCCAUUAUCCUCGGCGAUGUUUUGGUCCUCGGCAUGGUUUCCUUACUCCUAUACUGUUUCUUUUGGAAGAACUACUCGAAGAAGAUGUCGGAAAAGAGCGGGUCGUCUCACGUCGAGAAAAUAGUAUAUUCUUCAAGCCCAUAUCCGCAUCCGAUUAACGGGGCUCAGUCGGGUUAUGAAAGAGGUAAAAUGGUGUUUUUCGAAGGGGAACAGAAGUUUGAGUUGGAGGAUUUGUUGCGGGCCUCCGCUGAGAUGUUGGGCAAAGGGGGAUUUGGGACUGCAUAUAAGGCUGUUUUGGAUGAUGGGAAUGUGGUGGCAGUGAAAAGAUUGAAGGAUUUGAGUGUGAAUGGGAAGAAAGAGUUCGAGCAGCAAAUGGAGAUUCUGGGAAGAUUAAGGCACCCAAAUCUGGUUAGCUUAAAAGCCUAUUAUUUUGCUAGGGAUGAGAAGCUGUUGGUCUAUGAUUACAUGCCUAAUGGCAAUUUGUUCUGGCUUCUUCAUGGUAAGCAUUUUUGACAGAUGGUAUAUGCAUCAUUUUUAUCUUUUUCGAUAUUUCAGGUUGAUUUUUCAGUGACGGUGGUAAUAUUUUUGUCUGCAAAUAGUAUGUUUCACAUGGGGUUUAGAAUUAUUCAUCUACUUUCUAAGAUAACAUUACAUUAUAAAUUGAAAAUUUUAGACCAUCAAUGCCUUGUUAGGUAUUAGUAUUAGAGACGAUGUGACAUGGUUAAGGAUGGAAUGCAUGUGGUAUAAUUUGUUGAGUUCGUCGCCCGUGACGUCCCCUUUUUACUGUUUCAUCCUAGUCUUUAGCAGUAGCUAUUGAGGAAGAUCCAUGAGAUUGUUAGUUGAAGUGCAGUUAGAGUAUGAGGAGCAGGUGUUAAUGAAUCAUGGGAAGAUGAAAGACAUUUCUCUUUGGGAACUGAUAAGAAAAUUUCAUCGAUUCAGAUAUUGUGUGCUGGU